UGAUUACAAGGGAGAAAAUGAGCAACGCACCAGAUUAUACCUACUGGAAUUUCAAGACAAAUUGAUGCUAUUUUGAGUGCACCAUUAUAAUUGAAAGUGAGACUGCCAUUUUGUCCAUCACGCAUCGGUUAAUCUCUGAAAUCCUUAUAUCCAUAGAUAAUAGGACCCCUUUCUGUAUUUGGAGUUGAGCAAAGAGGGAAACAGUGGGCAGGAAUAAAUCUGCGUCCUUCACUAGCACGGUUGAGUUUGCUAGGGAAGACCGGCUCAUAAGGCAGGAAUGAAAUUAAUGGUACCUCUACUUACCUCCACUUCCUCUCUAUCCCCAAUCCCUGGAGUUUAAUUAUACCCUGUAAGCUUGUCUGAAUAAUGCAACACCUGAGCACACCUGAAUGCCUCUGCUCAAACAGAAAGAACGAGUGAGGGAUGAGGGAAGGGGGGAGAGAUGGAGAAAAUAUGGGGCAGAGAGAGAGAGGACGGGGGUGAACAUGCAAUUAAAAAGACUCAAAUCUCACAUCGAAACUUAUGGACGUAGACUAAUGUCAUGCACUGUUAGUUCUCUAUUCCAUGUACCUGGUGCCCUGAGGUCUAAACCAGUCCCCGAUUAGAGGGCUUGAAUGAAAACCAGUGGUAUUAGUGAGCCACUGUUUAGGGCUACCAUCUAGUGGUCUUGGUUUACAUUGCAUUUUUUUGAUUGGUAAGUAGUCAGCUGUUGAACCACGUGACAUUUGAAGAUGGCUGCCUGCAUUAAGCCUGAAACUUCAGAUGAACAGGAGUGGAUACUGGAGCCUCUGUGUUUCCCAGAGCGGCCAGCUGCGGAAAUUGGAUCAUUUUCUCAUGACGAUGCAGAGGUGGUGACUUGUAUGUUCUGCUCCCACUCAAACCCGCUUUUGGAGAAGGACCUCCUCCUAAAGCACCUGGUACUGGAGCACAAAUUGGUGAUUGCUGACGUCAAACUCAUUGCUGACUUCCCUAGAUACAUGCAAUACUGGAAGAAGAGAAUAUCUGAGCAACCCAUAACAGAUUUCUGCAGCGUGAUAAAGACUAAUGCACAGGGCCCUGUUGAGAAACAGGAGCACUAUUUUCUUCUGUGUGACGUUCUGCCAGAGGACAGGGUACUUAGAGAAGAGCUCCAACAGAAACGACUGGAGGAGAUCCUGGAGCAGCAGCAGAGGGAGCGGGAUGACAACAGCUUCCAGCGCAUCUGCAUGUUCUGUAACGAGGAAUUCACUGGGAACAGAUCGUCUCUGCUCAAUCACAUGGCCAGGGAGCACUCCUUCAGCAUGGGGCUGCCAGAUAACAUCGUGUACUGCGUAGAGUUUCUUGACCAUCUACAGAGGAAACUAGAUAAUCUGCAGUGUCUGUAUUGUGAGAAAACAUUCAGAGACAAGACGACACUGAAGGAUCACAUGAGAAAGAAACAGCAUCGAAGAAUCAAUGCCAACAACCACGAGUAUGACCGCUUCUACAUCAUCAACUACCUGGAGUUAGGGAAGACAUGGGAAGAAGUCCAGUCAGAAGAUGAUCGGGAAAUGGUGGAGAAUGAAGAAGAUGACUGGUCCGACUGGCAGGCUCAUCCCAUGUGUGCAGUGUGCCUGUUCUGUGAGCAGCAGUCCGAGAGCAUGGACCAGAUUUAUACACACAUGGAGGAGACCCAUGGAUUUGAUCUGCACAAGUUGAAGACAGAACUCCAUCUGCGGUUCUACCAGCAGGUCAAACUGGUCAACUACAUCAGACGGGAGAUCCACCACUGCCGUUGCUAUGGUUGCCAGGAGAAGUUUGGCUCCAAAGCUGAAGUCAUACAUCAUGUAAUGGAUGCAGGUCAUGUGAUGCAGCUACCAGAGACCUCCACGUGGGACCAACCACAGUAUUACUUCCCGACCUAUGAGAACGACGCCCUCCUCUGUGUCCUGUCGGACAGUGACAGUGAGUCGGAAGACCACGGCCGCGGGGGGGACAUCCCCGUCAUAGCUGAGGACAUCUCCAACCUGAGAGCACUGAAGCAGACCAGUGUCCUUAAUCACCUUCUGAAGGACACAGGCUGCCCCAGUUAGAGCUGGAUGGAUGGUCCGGAAAGAUCUUUACAUACAGUAUGUCUGUCUGUGUAGGGACUCGGUGAAGAAGGGACACAUUUCAACUCGUUUGCUCUCCUGUAACAGAAUGUUUGCGUUGCUCAGCUGACUCCCGUGUGUACGUACUUCUACAGGCCUGUGAACAAGAAUGAGUACUGCCUUGGGCUAGAGUGAUUUAACAUGGGAUGCUAGUGCAUGUGUAUCCGGAGUCAGUGUUUCAGACAGUAUAAUGCAUGACUGCAGACACAUGAUAAGGGCAGUUUAUUUUCCCAACACAUGCAAUAUGUUUCAGCAACCAACUCCGCUGGCGAUUGUAAAUAAACAUGACAAAUUCUUUCCUCUUAUUCAGAGUGCCAUUUUUACAGACAACGGUGUUUGAAAACAUUUCACUUCAAAUGUGUCUGGAUGCCAGCGAGACAGACUUCUGUGAGCUUGUGUGGGACAGAAUGUCAGUCUCAUUUCCCCCGUGUGUAUAUAACAACAUGUUCUUGCUAUUAUGA